AUGGCGCAGCCCUCAGAAGCUCAGGUCUUCGAAAGGCUACAAUCUUACUCCUUCGUAUCGGAUCCCGAGUUUGCAAAUGGCCUCUCAAUAAUACUUGGCCAUCCCGACACCCCCGCCACCGAGGUGGAGAUGAACCGGGAUGACGACCUCGUCCUGCAAGCAAAGUGUUUCUUUUUCUCCCGAAAAGAAAAGCUCACUCCUGCUAUUGACUUUGCUGCCUUCAAAUCAUGGUUAGCAUCACGGACAACGGAGCCCCACGGGCUAGGCAAUACAGACUUGCAAAUCUCUGAAGCAUUGGACCCAAGCACAUCUGGGACUGAGAGACCAACGCAUUCUGAGCCUGUCUACCCUUCGUCGUUCGCGCACAUUGUGGAACUCAUCACUACGGGACAGCCAAUACCUGGGAUCCAAGACAUCCCAGACACAGUGCUUAGUGGCCACGAUAUUUCCAGUGAGAAACCACGGCGACGGAAACCCUGGGAGAAGGAUGAAGUGGUGGCUGCAUCCGAUGAGACUGCAGGUUCUGCUCCCUGA